GCUCAGGAUUCUGGGAGUUCUUCUUCUGGCGUUGUCGGCAGGAUGUUUGGCUCCGUGCUGCUCGGCUGCAUCUCAUUCAGCCUGCUGCGUCUCUCUUCUUCUCUGGUUCAUGGAGACAUCCAGCUAGACGACGGCCCGGCCGCCCGCCACGCCGACUCCUCCUACCUGUCAGCCAUCGAGAGAGGCCACGCCCCUGACCCUGUGCAUGAGCCCGCCCUCCUGCCUGUGGACUCAGUGGAGGAUCACUUCCUAAUGGAUGCGGCGUCCUAUGAUGAGGACUCGUCUGCGGCCCUGCAGCUGCAGGGGCGGGCCAUGCGGUCUCCUCGCCGCUGCAUCCCCCACCAGCAGUCCUGUCUUGGCUACCCGCUGCCCUGCUGCGACCCCUGUGACACCUGCUACUGCCGCUUCUUCAACGCCAUCUGCUACUGCCGCCGGGUCGGGCACACCUGCCUGCCCAGACGCACCUGA